AUGGUACUCGUCAGUCAGCAAAACAAAGGUUCGCAAAGGGCGAGCGGUUUCAGCGUGGCUCGCGCAGUAUCGAAUACCGCCCGCCCUCGGUUACGCAUAGAGCAAGCAUCAAGAACCAUGAACUGGUUAUGUUUGCUGAUGGUGAUGGUGGCGGCGGCAGCGGCGGAUGAGGCGACCGAUCCUAAAGGACUGCUAGAACCUGCACCAGAACCUGUCAUCCAUGAAGGUGACUACACGGUGUACGUUGGCCGCUGGACUGACUGCGCCACUGAUGGAGAUCACCCUAAAACUGUCGAAAGGUUUAACAUGCGGUUAGAGGCCGACUCUUUGGUACACACGCCACGACUUGGCCUACAGAGACGUCAAGUACAAUGUCGAAGAAAAGACGGAUCAUUUGUGGAGCCUUUAUACUGUGGCAUCGCCAUCGCUAAUAUAGGGACUACCCGCGUGUGCGUGAUGCGUGAAGAUUGCUCCUUAGCGGAAUGGUUGCCAUGGCGACCGAGAUCUGAUGGCGCUUUGGUGCGUACACGGCGACUAAGAAGGCUUCCACAGGGCGGUGGAAAGGAAUGCGAAGUGGUAGAAGAAGUUCGGCCUGCAGUUUUGGAAGCAAGCGCGCAUUGGACUCCCGGCCCCUGGGGCCCUUGUCGAGUAGCUUUUGAGCAACCGGUAGCUGCAGCGCCAGUUGACGAUGAUGAAGACGACGCAGACGACAAUGACGCAAUUUACGAUGAAGAUGACGACGAAUCAGACGAAAUUGAUAAGGAUAAUGAGUCUAGCUGCGGUGGCGGAGUGCAAAGGAGGGAGGCUACUUGUGUACGUGCAGACGGAAGGGCAUUGCAUCCGGCGCAAUGUGCACAUGCACAGAUGCCUACAUUAGUGCAACCCUGUGAGGUUCCAUGCCCUCGAGACUGUGAAGUAGGUGAAUGGAGCGAGUGGGGAGCUUGUCAACCGACAGAUGGAUGCCCAUUGUUCCCAGUUCAACAGUUGACUACAACAGGAUACAGCGUCCGACGUCGUCGCGUAACAGCCGCGGCAUCCGGUGGUGGAGCACCGUGUCCUCCCCUGGAAGAGAAACGCACCUGCACCACGCCACGCUGUGCUGCCUGGAAGGCGCUGUCGUGGGGCCCGUGCCAGCUGACCCAGCCACACACUACUUGCGGACCCGGCAGACGCACUAGAGAGAUGAGAUGUGUUGGACAUGAUGGGAAGGAAGCCCAGAGAGCAUGGUGUGGUAGUGGAGCACCAGCUAGAAGUGAGCGAUGUAGAAUCGCUUGUGCCGGGGACUGCGUAGUGUCCUCCUGGGGGGCCUGGUCGCCGUGCUCUGCGUCUUGCGUCGCGCCGGGACACGCGCGCCCCACUCGGACCAGAAGGCGGCAUAUUCUAGCACAUGCUGCUCCUAAUGGCUGGCCGUGUCCUUCAGAAGACCAACUAAUUCAGAAUGAGACCUGCAACACUCACGCGUGCGCCACCUACUCCUGGCUCGCCACGCCCUGGGGACCCUGUGAAAGAAAACAUCAGGACUACAUGCCGUCUAACAAUUAUACCGAUCUAUUAGAUGGAGAACCAUUUAAUGAGAGCGAUGAUGAAGAGCCGUGUAUUGAAGAAGGAGAAAUGAACAGAGACGUGAUGUGUGUACAAAAUAAUGCUGACGUCGUACGUGAGGCUUUAUGCGCGCCUCUCCGGCGGCCGGCAUCGCGGCGAGCCUGCACUGUACGCUGCAAGCGCGGCUGCCGCGUAGAGGCAUGGAUGCCUUGGUCUCCCUGUCCGAAUACUUGUGAGCCAGGCAAACAAGUGCGCGUGCGGUCUGUCCGCGGCGGGCCAAACUGCGGCGCGCUUCAGGAGUCGCGCGAGUGCCCGGUGGCGCGCUCGUGCCGCGCGCGCGACGCCGCCUGGGUUGCCGGCGAGUGGAGCACGUGCCGGCUGCCGCCCGGGCAGAGGUGUGGGGUUGGGUACAGGAUAAGGAGUAUCUGGUGCGGGUCGGACUCGCACCGCGUGGAGGCGGGCGCGUGCGCCGGCGCGCUCGUGCCGCCUAGCGUCGCUGCCUGCAUGGUCUCCUGCGACGCCAUACUGUCUCUCAACUGUGAUGUCAUAUGCGCUGACCCUUUGAAAUACCUAGACGCUUCAGACCCGGAUAUUCCAUCAUGCGUUUGCAAAAAUGUUACUUUGGAAUUAUUGCCUGCCGACUCUGAUUGCAUUCUGCCUCCAGGCAUUGAAUGUGGUGAAGGUAGAUCGCUAAGAGCUGCGCGAUGCUUAGUGGGAGGUCGCGAUGUUCCCAUGGACGUAUGCAAGAAAUAUCAUCCGCUAACUGGUCCACGUCGAGUCCGCGAGGCGGCAACAGACGGGUUCACAUACGACGAAGAGUUCGGGUCUCUCCUACGGGGGACGUGCUCGGUGCGGUGCGCGCGCGACUGUGCGGCCGGCGCGUGGGCCGCGUGGGGGCCUUGCGCGGCCGAGCCGGGGUCCAGAGCUGCCUUUAGAUUUAGAACGAGGGAGGUGAUAGAAGAGGGCUCUGCGGGCGGACGCGAGUGCGGCGCUACGCUGCAGCGCGCCACUUGCGCCGUGCCGGAGCCGCGCUGGGCGCUGGGCGAGUGGGCCGUGUGUGCGCCGCGGCGCGCGCUCUGCGGCCGGGCCAUCAUCAACCGGACUGUCACAUGCAUUGACGGUGAAGGCAACAAGCUAGAUGACAUGACAUGCGAGACGUCCGGGGCCGGGCCGGCGCCGGCGCGCGAGGCCACUUGCCGCGCGCCCUGCCCCGCGGACUGCGUCGUUAGCACCUGGUCUGAGUGGAGCCCUUGUGAACAGACGAAGUGGGGCGGUCGUCGCGACCGCACGCGUGUGGUGCUGCGCGCGGCGGACGAGGGCGGCGCCGCGUGCCCGCACCUCGUGGCGGCCGAGCCCUGCGCGCCGCACUCGUACUCCUGGCACGUCGCGCCUUGGGAUGACUGUCAACCUUUGGGAGGCUCACCAUGUGGAGAAGGUACAAAGAAAAGAUCCGUGCGUUGUCUCCGUAGUGAUGGAGUGUUUGUCAACGAUACUUUCUGUCCUAACAUAACGGCGUCAGAAGCGCGCGAGUCAUGGUGCUACGUGCCGUGCGGCGUGGACUGCGAGGUGGGAGAGUGGGGCGCGUGGGACGCGUCCGCGUGCUCCUGCGGCGACGCCUCCACCGCAAGGCACAUGCGACGCAUACGGCAGCAUCUGACGUCGGCAGUGUGGCCGGGCCGCGCGUGUCCGCCCACCGAGCAGCGAGCGCCGUGCCCGCGCGAGCCCUGCCUCAGACUAGUUGCAAGACCACUGUUAGGCUGCCAUGUACAAACAUCGUCAGGCGAGGAAGCAGACACGGCGUGCGGGUGGGGCGUGAAGCUGUCGCACGCGCGCUGCGAGCUCACCAGCGUGACGGACGAGCCCGCCUCCGACGCCUUCCUGCAGCCCUGGCGCUGCGCCUCCGCGCUGCCCGGACGUAUCGUUGCUCCGCCUUUGCAUCAUCAGGAAGACGAAGAGUGUGAAGUGGAAUGCGGGUGCAAGGAGUCGGAGACAGGACAGCCGGGCCCGUGGGGCGCGUGGGGCGCGUGCCGCGGGGGCGCGCGCUCGCGCACACGCCAGCUGCUCGUGCCGCCGCGGCGUGCCUGCAGGACCUCCUCUAGAUACAUAACAAUAGAGUGGGCGAACUGCACCGGCGACGCGGACGAGGUGCCCGACCUGCUCGCCGUGGAGCACGACGACAAGCCGCGCCGCGCCUGGCUCGAGCGUCCCAACGUCUACCACGAUGGAUAUAUUGAGGGAAGCACUUCUGUGUUGGCCGUUGUGUGGACAGCAACUAUAUUCCUUAGCCUGUAUGGCGCGUUCAUGCUGUAUCGAGGAGUACUUAGGUGUCUCAGAAGCAGAAAACUAAAGAUGAUCACCAAAGUG